CUGAGGAUCAUCUCUCUCUCUCUGGAAGCUCUAAAGGAAAAAAGGGGGCUGGAUUUUUUAAAAGGAGAUUGAAAUCCGUGUGUCACUUUUCAAAAGUUUCUUCCUUUUAAUCUGUGUGAGGUUGUAGGCUGGAUUUUUGUAUCAUCCAAGAGAAAUGCUUCUGAUCUACAGCAGCCCACACUGCCUUAUGCUGAUUAAGGAUUGAUCAUAAAUUCUGGUAUUGCUCCAUCUUGCAGCCUUUGGGAAGCUCUGAUCACCACCAGGCAGCAAUAGUAACACAAGGACACUUGCCUGUUGGGUACUGGACCUGCCUCCCCCUCACUGCUGGAAGGAGGAUCUAAAGACACUUUCAUUCUUCCUGUUUUGUUGGUGUUCUGGACUCUCGGACUUUUUUUUGUGGACCUGGUCGUUGAUUGCAAAGGAAAUAUCUCUAAACAGCCAGAUAAAUUCGUCCUAUUAAGCACCGGGCUUUAUUUUGUUGCUCUGGGUAAAGUUUGUGCUGAACUCCUCAGGCACAGUCACUCAGGAACAUUUUGUGCAUCGCUACAUUACACAGUAGCAUGUCCAUGGUGGUCAACCCUUGGCAGGAGGACAUUCCUGGGGUGCCCGGGACUCAGAUCCCCAAUCCUCCAGGGCUCUGCGGUCAGGACCCUGGGGGCACCCCUCAAACCCCAAGCACACCUAAAGUAAUCCCGGGUCAGGACCCAGUACACUCUGGGGACAAGGGUGUGCCAAAUGUGGACUGCAUGGUGUGCGGGGAUAAAUCCAGCGGCAAACACUAUGGCCAAUUCACUUGUGAGGGCUGCAAGAGCUUUUUUAAGAGGUCAGUGAGGAGGAAUCUGACUUACACAUGUAGGGGCAACAGAGACUGUCCUAUAGACCAACACCACCGCAACCAGUGCCAGUUCUGCCGCCUCAAGAAAUGCCUUAAAGUGGGCAUGAGGAGAGAAGCAGUCCAGCGAGGUCGAAUGGCUCACCCACAAACCAGCCCUGGUCAGUAUGCCCUCAAUAAUGUUGAUCCCUACAAUGGUCAUUCCUACUUAACAGGAUUCAUCUCCCUGCUCCUCCGAGCAGAACCAUACCCAACAUCACGCUAUGGGGCUCAGUGUCUACAGCCCAACAACAUUAUGGGUAUUGAGAACAUCUGUGAAUUGGCUGCCCGUCUGCUCUUCUCUGCUAUUGAGUGGGCCAAGAACAUCCCCUUCUUCCCUGAUUUCCAGCUUUCAGACCAAGUCUCCCUUCUCCGUAUGACAUGGAGUGAGCUGUUUGUUCUCAAUGCUGCCCAGUGUUCUAUGCCUCUGCAUGUGGCUCCUCUGCUCGCAGCUGCUGGGCUCCAUGCCUCGCCUAUGUCUGCUGAUCGUGUGGUGGCAUUCAUGGACCACAUACGAGUCUUUCAGGAACAAGUAGAAAAGCUGAAGGCACUUCAUGUUGACUCUGCAGAGUAUUCCUGCUUGAAAGCCAUUGCACUCUUUACACCAGACGCAGUGGGAUUGUCUGACAUUGGCCACGUGGAAAGCAUUCAGGAAAAAUCCCAGUGUGCCCUGGAAGAAUAUGUCCGGAACCAGUACCCGAACCAACCAACACGGUUUGGGAGACUUUUGCUUCGUCUUCCAUCCCUGCGAAUCGUCUCUGCACCGGUUAUAGAGCAGCUCUUUUUUGUGCGUCUGGUUGGCAAGACGCCAAUUGAGACAUUAAUCCGAGAUAUGCUUUUGUCUGGGUCAAGCUUUAACUGGCCUUACAUGCCUAUCCAGUGAAGGAGUAUCUGUACCCCGAACUUCUGCAGUCUUACAAAAGAUGCUUUUUUUCCCAAAAGGUUUUGUCCACUGGCCACAAAACUAUAAAAUGGUUAAGGAGACCAGGAGGUCAAACCAUACGGAAUGAGUUGUGAUUUAUCCACCUAACUGGGCAUUCAGUGAUGGACUUAGCUAUCCCAUUACAAAGAGGACAGAUCAUUUUUUUCUGGGGGUAUAUUUUCAUAUUAUCUGUAAAAUUGCCCAGUCAGUGACUGAUAUUGUGGGUUAGGCUUCCCACCAAAAAGCAAUAAAUAGCUUCUGUCUGCCAAGUAUGAAGUGUGUUAAUGAGUGAUAUUUCCUGCCAGUGAGAGAGCCUUGUUGACAACGCGACAACGUGCAAUUGACAAUUAAUUUACUGUGGCGCAUAUAUAUGUAAGUUUUCCUUACCCUACCAGCAAGUGUUCUGCAGGCGGAAAUUUAUCCCUUCUGGUGACAAUUUCCAACAAAAAAACUCUUCCUUUCAAUAGAAUCUGAUGUAUGGGAGGCACAUGCCCCAUGUGUGAGACAAAAAUAAUGGAAAAAAAGACAUUCAUAUCAGAUACUAUGUCUGCACUGGUGCAUUGACUACUUCCAGUACACGAUUGGUUAGCACUGAAAUCUGCAACACAAAGCACUGAAUCAGCCUUGACCACUUAACCUCAUUUUGGGGUGCUUAACAAUAGACUAUUUAUAAAAAAAAAAAACAUAAAAAAAAAAAACAGGCAUUUGAAAUGUAUAAAACAGCCUGUUUUUUUUUUUUUUUUUACAUAAAAUGCCAUGUAUAUUUUCCCCUUUACCUUCCCUGAUUCCACCACCAUUUUCUCAUGUUCUCUCUUCCUUAUAGGUAUGUUUGUAAAAUAUUUUUGGUGUGAAUUGUGGAUUUUUUGGAAUUCAGAGGAAAAAACAUUGUUUAUUUUGUUUGAUUCUGGUGGAUCUGGUUAAAUAUUAAAAACAGUAUCUGCUCAUUUA